GCAGUCCCAAUUCUCUUUUGCGUAUCAAAGCAAAGCAAUCUGAUAUGGCUUCGUCUUCUUCCUCUACUCCAUCUUCUCAAUCUCCAAAGAAAUAUGAUGUUUUUAUUAGCUUUAGAGGUGAGGACACCCGCUUCAAUUUCACUAGCCACCUUCAUGAAGCACUUCGUAGAAACCAUGUAGAUACAUACAUCGACUACAGACUUGAGAAAGGAGAUGAGGUAUGGCCAUCUCUUGAGAAAGCCAUCGAAGAUUCAACUCUCUUCCUUGUGAUCUUCUCAAAAAACUAUGCAUCUUCCACGUGGACCUUGAAGGAGCUUUCAAAAAUAUUAGACUGCUCCAAAAAUCAAGGUCACCAGCUUGUUAUGCCAGUGUUCUAUAGAGUAGAUCCUUCACAUGUGAGGAAGCAGUCUGGGAGUUACCAGAAAGCAUUUGAAGAACAUGAGCUUAAAAGCAUCAACAACCAACAUCUACACAUGUGGAGGAAGGCUCUCACUCAUGCUGCCAAUUUAUCUGGUUGGCAUUGUAGCUUCGAUAGGGAUGAAGCGGAGCUAAUUAAAGAAAUAGUGAAAUGUGUUAUACACAAGUUAGGCUGUAAUUAUCAAAGUGAAGAUUAUCUAAAAGAUUUGAUCGGAAUUCAGAAAAGAAUGGCAGAUGUAGAAUCAUUGUUAGAAAAAGAUUCAAAUGAUGAUGUGCGAUUUAUUGGCAUUUGGGCUAUGGGUGGUAUGGGCAAAACGACUCUUGCAAAAGCAUUGUUUAGCAAAUUGCGUUUUGGAUAUGAAGGGUCUUACUUUUUGGCUAAUGUAAGGGAAGAAUCAAAGAAAUGUGGAAUAGAUGCUCUGAGGGAAAAGCUCAUUUUGAAGUUAUUAGGGGAUAAAGAAUCUCACAUUGACAUGGUUGAUGGUGCAAUAUCUUCUUAUGCCAUGAGGAGACUUAGCCGCAAAAAAAGUUUCGUUGUUCUUGAUGAUGUUGAUGAUCUUGAACAAUUAGAAAAAUUAGCAGGAAAACAUGAUUGGUUUGGACCAGGUAGUAAAAUAUUGAUAACAACCAGAGAUAAGCAAGUUUUUGGUAAGGAAGUAGAUGAUAUAUAUCAGCUUGAGGCUUUGAAUUCUGAUGAGGCUUUUCAACUUUUCUCCUUAAAUGCCUUCAAAAAACACUAUGAUGGUGAUCCAAAGAUACGAGAGCUGGUAGAAAAAAUUACUCACUAUGGAGGUGGAAAUCCAUUGGCCUUAAAAGUUUUAGGUUCCUUUUUGUAUGGCAAAAAUCAAGAAGCAUGGCAGAGCCAAUUGGAAAAGCUUACAAAAUUACCUUGUCCAAAAAUUAAUGAUAUCCUCAAAUUGAGUCUUGAAGAACUUGAUUCUGAAGAGAAAAUUUCUUGUUUUGAUAGAAAUUUGGAUUAUCAGUUCAGGAACAAGUUAAACUUUCCCUGUGGUAUAGAGUUUUUACCAAAAAAUCUCAGACUCUUGCAUUGGGUGGGAUACCCUUUAAAGGCCUUGCCAGCAAAAUUCGAGAUUGAAAAUCUUGUUCAAAUUAUAAUGCCUCAUAGCAAUUUGACAAAACUUUGGGAUGGAGUGCAGAAUCUCGUGAAUUUACGUGGAAUUAACCUCCAUGGAUCAAAAGACUUGAUUGAGCUCCCAAAUUUUUCCAAGGCAAUACAUCUUGCAGAAGUGAAUCUCAAUGAUUGUUCAAAAUUGCAGGGUGUUCAUCCAUCUAUUUUAUCCCUCAAUAGUCUUUGUUAUUUAAGACUAAGAGGUUGUGAAGCCCUUACCAACCUUACAAGCAAUACCCAUCUCCAAUCACUAGAGUAUCUGGACCUAACAGAAUGCUCAAGAUUGAACAAAUUUUCAGUGACCUCAGAAAACAGUGGGUUUGAAUUGAUACUUUCGGGAACGGCCAUCAAUGACGAGUUGUGCUCAUCAAGUGGACGUCUCAGCAAAAUUGGUUCAUUGUUUCUAGACGAAUGCAAAAGUGUGAAAAGUCUUCCCUACAAAUUGGUUGACUUGCGCAACCUCGGACGUCUUGAUGCUAACGGAUGUAAUAAGGUAGCAUCAAAUCUACUUUCCAUAUUUGAUGAGAUGCGUGCUUUGGAAGUUCUAUAUCUAAAUGAUUGUAGUGAAUCAUUUGAAGUUCCUGAUAACAUCAGCUUGUUAUCGUCAUUGCGUACGUUAAGUUUGUCAAGGAGUAAUAUAGAGACAUUGCCUUCAAGCAUCAAACACCUUUCGAGCCUGAAAGAACUUAACGUAAAUAGAUGCGAAAGGCUUCGGUCCCUACCAGAACUACCUCCCUCUAUCUUAGACCUAUCUGCCAGGGACUGCCUAUCCCUUGUGUCCCUACAGUUACCUUUAAUGAGAGAAGAUGGAGAACAAAAAGAAGAUCAAACAAAACUGUGCUUUGCUUUCACUAGUUGCAUGAAGUUGGAUCAACAAUCAAUCAAAGCUUGCGAGGCAAAAGUGGUACACGAGAUAAGUAAAGCCACUUGUUGCGGGGCUUAUGUGGAAUAUCCAGGAGAAAGAGUUCCAGAUUGGUUCAUGUAUAGGUCUAUACGGUCAUCUGUCAUAACUGUGGAUCUCCGUUCUAUUCCACAACCUUGGGAUGGCUGUUUCAUUUUCUGCGUCGUCAUUUUGAAGUCACCACCGAUGGCAGCAGUUGACGCCAAAUGCUUUAUUGAUGGUCAAUAUGCUUGCACGUAUGAAGGUGGGUUUAUCUAUGAUCCUCUAUUGUCAGAUCAUGUUGUCAUUUGGUACGACGCAUGUUCUUGUGGAGAACUACAAAGAAAAAUUGAAGAGAAGAAAAGGGAUGCUCACAGCGACACUUAUAUCCCAUUGCUUCAAAUUCAAUUCACAGUUGCUGCAUUAAUAAGAGGAGAGAUCAAAGAGUGUGGGGUAUGUCCCACAUCAGCACUACUUGAAUAUCAAAAUUACAUUCAACAAAUUCGAUUGCCAUUGCAUCCACAUCCUAGCUCUGAUACAAUGCAAACGCCGUCUCGAAAGCGCAAAUAUCACAGCUUACUUCGUUGAAUUUGAAUAAAUGAUUUUCAGUUUUGAAUGAUCUGCCCUUGAUACGUUACUCUUUCCGUUGUACUGGCGUACAUACAAUUAACUGAAGACUCCUCUUUGAUUGAGAUUUAAUUCUAUUCUUGAGGAGUCCAAA